UCAGUCCCUAAGAAAUUUCAAUGAACAUGAGUUGCCCAGCCGGAUUUGAAGAUGAAGAGUUCGAUGAAGAUGGCUUCAUGUUCUCAAACGGUCCAAGUGAUGAAUAUCAACGAAAGCAGUCCCCGCAAAAACCCUCAAAUUUUCAAAGCUAUCAACCAAGGCAAAGUGGAGGUUUUGGACCCCCACCAGCUAGAUUCAACAAUAGAAACAACUACAAUGGCAACAAACAAUCUACCAGAACUCCCAACAGGUUAAAGCAAUCACACAGAGAAAGAACAGUCCAACAAAAUGGGUCACAAAAUGGCAACCAUAGAAACCUGGAUUCCAGGAAUAUGCCAGUUGAUAGAGAUGACUUUAGGUCUGCUGUGCAAAGAGGAAAUAUUGAUGUGAUCAACCAGUAUUUAAAUGAUGGUAUUGCAGUAGAUACAGUGAUGCGUACAGGUUGGACCGCUCUCAUGUAUGCAGCCAACAGUGCAAAUACACCUACUGUGCAAUUGUUGCUUGACAAAGGAGCAGAUCCAAAUUUUAAUUGUGACCAAUAUACAGUUCUUAUAGCAGCAUGUUCUUCCACAAGUGAAUUUGAAGAUGAGCUGCUUAGCACUAUAAACCUGCUGAUAAAAAAUGGGGCCAACUGCAAUGCUUAUGACAGACACCAUAUGUCCUCACUAAUGUACGCAGCUAAGGCAGGCAGGGCUCUAGUCAUACAGAAACUUCUUGAACAAAAUGUUGACAUUAACAAACAGGACUCUAGAGGUUGGACUGCUCUGUCUCAUGCUGCAUUCAAAGGUCACCAAAGAGUAGUGACGCUACUUCUUAACCAUAAGGCAGACCCCAAUAAACAGUGUACAGAUGGUAGGACAGCAUUGGAUCUGGCUUCUGAAAGCGGCUUCACAAAGAUAUAUGAUAUAUUAGACGAUAUGACUGCUGAUGAUAGAAAACUAGGCACUAUGAAACCAACUGUAUUGUCCAUACAACAAGCUGAAGCUGCUGGAGAUGCCAAAAAGAAAAAUGUUCAGUUUAAUUCUUGUGACCAUCUCAAGCCUUCUAAUACUCAGGGUUACAGAAGUCUUGGCGGACUAGAGCUCUUCUUACAUGGGCUAGACUGUUCAGAUCUUGUUCCAUUGUUUACGGAUCAUCAGAUCACAUUUGAGGCAUUUCUGCUCAUGGAUGAAGAUGCUCUCAUUAAGCUUGGUGUGGAAAAGAUGGGUGUACGUAAGAAGAUUCUCGAUGCCAUUCUGGACAGUCACAAAGCAGAAUGGAAACAAUCCAGUAUUAUAAAUCCUGGAAUGGCGCCUAAGUCAAGUUAUAAUAGAACUAUAACUUGUCAGGAUGCAGUUGCCAUGGUAUCAAACAUCAAUAAUCAUGUGACAUAUAUCACAUCAUCAAUAGCAUACAUAGAAAGAACCCUGAAGAAGAACCCUAAACUGUUACAUGGGGCACAGGAGGGUAAGGGUGGCCAGCAGUUACACCACUUCACAGUAGACACCAUGACACACACUAAAACACUUUACGAUGAGUUAGGCAAAUUAAGGCAUAAUGUAUCUAGAAUUUUAGAGAAAGAAGACUUGAAUCCUACAGACCUCCUACAAUACAAGGAGCGCCAUAAACGGAGGAACUAUAGACUUUCAGUAGUUCUAACUGGGACACUGUUGGUUGCUGGACUUUUAUGGAAGAAGGACUUAGUGGUAGAAAAGAUCACAGACUUUUAUAGUUCAUUUGGAGGCAGCUCUAGCUAGUUCUGUCCUGAUACAGUGUACCUUAUGCUCGUAGUUG